AGACGGUGUUUGUUUGUUUAACGUGGGGAAUUUCCAGGUCCUAAAAAAUACCUAGGCUCAGUUCUUCUUUCUGUUACAAACAAACAGCAAACAAUAAAGAAUCUCCGAUUUUUCAGAGAGACAGACAACUGUUGUGUAGAAAUUUUAGAAUCUUCAAAGAAAGAGAAAUGCGGACCUUGCCGUUGGGAAUCUCAUUGUCGCCGACAACAACCACAGCAACUUCCAUUAACGGUCACUCUUUCAAUUAUCAUUCUAACAAGCUCAAACUUCUCUCUCGCUCCUCCCCUCACUAUUCCUCUCUCUCUCAUCUCCCCAAUUCAGGGCUGCUUUGCAGGGCCAGUCAAGCGUUUGAACUAUUCCCAACUGUGUCACCUGAAAUAGUUGUUCGAGAGGCCAGGUUAGAAGAUUGUUGGGAAGUUGCUGAGACUCAUUGCAGCUCGUUCUUCCCCGAAUAUUCAUUCCCUUUAGAUUUUUUGCUGAGGAUUGAUAGGCUAGUGGCAAUGCUUUCUGGAUUCUCUGUACCUCAUGGUUGUCAAAGAAUUUGUCUUGUUGCUGUUAUUGGCAGCUCGGAUGAUGAUGCUUUCUUCAUUGGAAGUGAAGAUUGUAAAAUUGGAGGUCUCGAUGGUAGAUUUAGUCUGAAUAAAGGUUAUGUAGCUGGGAUAUUAACUGUGGAUAUUGUUGCUGAUUUUCUGCCAAGAAAAGGACCACUUCGGCAAAGAAGGACUGGAAUUGCAUACAUAUCAAAUGUGGCUGUUCGGGAGAAGUUUCGAAGGAAAGGAAUAGCUAAAAGGCUCAUAGUGAAGGCAGAGGCUCAAGCCAGAAGCUGGGGUUGCCGUGCCAUUGCAUUGCACUGUGACCUAAACAACUGUGGAGCCACGAAGUUGUAUGUAGGCCAGGGUUAUAAAUCUAUCAAAGUGCCAGAAGGUGCAAACUGGCCACAACCAAAGACUUCUCCGGAUAUACAGUUCAACUUCAUGAUGAAGCUCCUAAACACCCCAACCAUGGCUUAGAUUCCUUAGGGACAUAUACAAGUAUUUAGAAGAAAAUCCAUUGAAAUAUUACGGAUAAACUAGGAUGUUUCAGAUUGGUUGCUGUAGAUAUAAACUGAAGCGGUGAGCUGCAGAUCUCGGAGCAAUGUAUUUAUGAAAAGUCAGUUGUUUUUACUUGCGCUUUUCUUCUUUGGCUUGUUCUAUUGCUUUGACUGUUUGUUCAUCUUUGCCAGAUUUACGCACCUCAAGUUCCCUGUUUGUUAAACUGUUGUAAAAUGGAAUGGACGAAUAAUCAUUCAACUCUGUGGUGGCAUGUUC